AAAAAAAGAAGGAAAAAAACGCCUCUAUGAUUAAGACAUCCUAAUCUUCUGACAGGGACGAACCUGGGCCGACCCAGAAGGUGUUUUCGAUGGGUUCUUUCAUGGGCCUUUUCCGGCCCAAAAUGAUGUCAUCGUCUCUCUCUCUCUCUCCUUGGAAACCACCUGAAGGAAAAAAAAACCUGACCUUUGGACAGUUCUAGAGCCAAUUAUCGUUCAAUCUGAGCGCACUGGAAGAGAGGAAUACUAUGAAUGAAGAGCAUCGCCAACUUUAUCACUCGCAAUCCCAAGUGUACAUGGCAUUACCGAUACCACCUGAACACAAAUCUGGAAUAUAUGCUUUCUCGCUCACCAAUGAGCUUUUUCCAAAUUCGACCAUGGCGAUAAAUACGACGCCAUCACGAAACCCAAGAUCUAUUCCUUAUCCUCGCAGGAUAAAACCCACAAAUGCUCAGUUUCCAUUUAUGGUACAAAAAGAUGAUACCUUUAUGCUUCUGAUGAAUUCUGCAUCUUUUUCUCCCUUCCACUGUGAGCCGCUGCCUGAUCAUCCCUACUAUGGCUUUUUAUCAUUUAUUACGAUCCGAAGAUGGAGAUUAAUGGGAAUCUCACAAUAGUUAAAGUGCAAGAUGACCACGAUCUCUGAUCGAGAUUCUGUCUUAACCCAGAACGUAAAGAACAGGUAACGUUACAGAAGCUCUUUCUGCUUUCCGUUUCAUUGUUUCUCCGUUUGGAAUCUUUUGUCACUUGGAAAGAGAGGACAAACCCUGUUUCAGUUCCCACCGAAAACGGGUGUACUAAAAGCAAGAGAUAUGGGGAAAAGAAGGGAAUCAAAUCGUACGAUAUGGUGUAGAUAUUUGCAGAAAGAGGUCGGCGACUCGAGAUUACAGAAGCGAAUGACAUAUAUGGAGAGAUGCAACUUGGUUGAUUCUGCAUGCUAGGCAAGAACCUCUGCAUUCAUCAGAAUCUGAAUUCCAUAGUUUAGAGAGCGCCAAAGGGCAGAUUACUGGGGAGGGACAUUAACUUACCAGGAAAAGAUUCCAUAUAUGCAACAUCAUCUAACUCUAUAAAUAGCUUCAUAUCUUAUCGAAACCAAAACAUACAGAUACUCUCAAGUCCUUCUGCUCUGUCUCCUGCAUUCCCUUUUAAGACAUAUAUACAGACAGAGAUGGAGAGCAUCAGAGGUUUAGUAGCAGAAAAACCAGUGGUGGUAUUCAGCCGGAGCUCUUGCUGCAUGAGCCACUCCAUCCAGUCGCUCAUAUCAGGAUACGGGGCAAAUGUGACGGUCUACGAGCUUGAUCAAAUGUCUAACGGUCAGGAGAUCGAAAAGGCUUUGUCCUCACAGUUAGGGUGCAAGCCGACUGUUCCAGCUGUGUUCAUAGCUCAGCAGCUCGUUGGCGGUGCCAACCAGGUGAUGUCUCUCCAAGUCAAGAAUCAGCUUGCCCCCUUGCUCAGAAAAGCCGGUGCCAUUUGGAUUUGAGUUCUCUAAAGAGAGACGGGGAUGAGGUUUCGGCUUUUUCUUUUUUGGGGAGUUUCCGGUCUCCAUGUCUAAUUCGCACAAUUUUUACCAACAAGUGCAAAUCUAUGUAAGGUUUUUCAACUUGUGUUCUGUUCUUAGUUAGCUCUACUAGUCAUGCCAAUCUAUGUAAGCUGAAAAACGUAUCAGUCCCACUUAUUCAUAACCAAAGAGAAAGGCUUGCUUUCCAUUGUUGCUUAAGCGGGUGGUUCAAGGCCUUAAUACAACAGUAAUGAUAUGAAACCAGCACAUGCUACUUCACUUGACCGUGUAU